UUUAAUUGAUGAUACAAAAUUGUUGAUUUAAGCUUGAUAAAUGGAAAUAUAUGUAAUGGGGCAGAGAUGGAUAGUAUUGAUGACUAUAUUACAGGUGAUAACGUUAACGACAUUAACAGCGAAGUCAAUUACUUCAGCCGGAAUCACUAAUUACCGUCAAGUCAAAGUUCACGGCAGAGCUUUGGACUAUCGCGGUGAUCAACAGCAAGUGCAAACACAGAUACCCACGAAUAGAACAUUUAUCGGGACAAAUCAACCCAAAAUCCAAAAAAACGCAGAUAAUCGCAAACCGUCAUUGGCCGUCAGUGCUUCUGUCCAACGAAUUCAACAACAACAAUACAACAGUACGAUAUCAUACUUAGACUGGACGCCGGUUGUGCAGCACAAAGAAUUACUGGAAACUGUUAUGCCAUCUACGGUAAAUGAUCGACAAGAUUAUCAGCAGCAGCAGCGACAGCUACGUCAACCGGACGCAAUUGUCACAUUCGUGACGUAUCCGCCGCCGACGAUGACCAUGCACCACAACAAUAAGCUGCUUCUGAAAAAUCACGUUCAACAUUACGACGACGAAAAAGAUAGUUUCCAGAAUAUUAAUCACUACCAGAACGUAAACGCCAGUGAUUUACCCGAAAUUAAUAACAACAAACGUCAUAAUGUUACGCACAUCAUCACUGAUACUUAUGGAGCAGUUGACAAACAUCGUAAAAAUACGGAAUUUGAAUUUCAUGGCGAAAUGCAAAAGAACAAGCCUGGUCAUCAAAAUAAUUACAACAAUGGGGUGAACGCGGCCAAAAAACAAAAUAAACAUUCCAUUCAACGAGUGUACAACGCAAACGUAAUAAAUACAGAGCGACAGCCUCAAAAUAACGAUUCGGUUUUCGAGCGUAAGCUCCAUCAUAAUGCAGCUCACCAACUCGCGAACAAUGAUGGUGUGCUACAAUCGGACAACGCAAAUAAUAAGCACAAUUAUCAGAUUGUCAACAUAAGAACACACAAUCAAAAACAUAGAGAAAAUCAACAUACUUAUAAUUUUCUCAAGAAUGGAUCAAAAAGUGACGUUUUUCGCGAUUAUCCAAAUAACAUUACCACUGCUGUCGCGGAUAUGAUGGCAUCAAUCGAACACGAAAACGGUCACGCUGAAGUAUACAAUAUGUAUAACUCGGACGCAAUCGACAUGGCUAACGAACAACAUCUAAAUAAUUACAACGAUAAUAUCGAAGAUGGAAAUAAUGACUUUUAUCGUGAUAAUGAUGACUAUGACCCACAGCAAAACGUAUAUGCAAACGCGAUAGUUGAUGAAUGGGGAAAUAGCGCUCAUCGAGAAAUCGUCAACACAGACUCAAAAGCCCAAGAACACAAUGAUAAUAGAAAAUUUGAAAAUUUGAAAUUUGACCGAGGCGCACCUGAGCAGCAAGUGAACAACAGUCAGUACGUAAAUAUGAACGAAACGGCUGCAAGAUUGGAAGUGAACAACGUAACAACGUAUAAACAGCGUAGUAAAAACGACGAGCGAAAAAAAAUCGAACACCAACGACGUCGAAAAAUAUCAGACAACAGAAAUGCCGAAAUAAAUCCAACGAUUCUGACGACGGCUUCGCCUCAACAAUUACGACGCGAAAUUCCAUCGUUGGCUCAGACUCGCCGACCCGCUACCGACGAUGAAAUAAGUAGUCGGGUACUGUACGAUAGUCAAAACGUUUUCGGACGAAAAUAUAAUCACGACGAUCAUGCACAUAUCAUAACACAAAGUGAUAAACAACCAACGGUAACAUCCACUGUAAGAGCUCCCGUUGUGAGAGAAAACAAUAAUAAUAACAAAUCGACCGAAGAAGAACUGAAACAGCCCGAGCAAGGCAGUUACGGUUUUAAAUACACCGUAUUGGACGAGAAAGUGGGGAUGGAUUUCGGCCAAUGGGAACAUCGCGAGUCCGGUCGUACCGGUACUGUUACAGGACUAUACCGGGUUCGGUUACCAGACGGCCGAAUACAAACUGUCAAAUACAUUGCUGGCCCGACUACCGGUUACAGAGCAUCCGUUACUUACGAGGGCGUCUAACGUCAUCCGACUGCGGUCCUACUGCCAUUUGUCGAAUGGAACGACUCAAAAAACGCCAAAACAAGA